AUGAACACCGACGGCAGCCACAUCCAACCGCUCGCCAUUGGCGUCGGUGUGCUCGGCCUUAUGAUAUUGAUCGUCCUUGUUACAGCAUCCUCGCACCAGCGCGAGCAGUUGCAGUACAUGGCGAAGAAAGCAUUCCGUACCAAACGAACGGAGAACUCGUCCCGCAACGGCCAUGGCAUCGACACGACUCCAGGGACCCUCCCGUCCUUUGCCAAGGCUGCGGCUGAAACAGGCAAUGUUCGCAUGCUGCAGCGAUGGGCGAGUUCCCAUGGACCUGAUAUUAACUCUCGAAGUGCCGACAAUUUGACUGCCUUACAUUACGCCGCUCGCGGCGGACAUACUGAGUGCAUGAGGAUAUUGCUGGAAGCGGGGGCGAACCCGAACGUGGAAGAUGAGCGGCAUGUGACACCUCUCCACCUAGCCUCAGUCGGUGGGUUUGGCCUUGGAGUCAAACUCCUUCUGGACAACAAAGCCGACCCGUUCGUAGAAGACGCCGACCACAACACGGCCCUCUCAGCUGCGGAAGCUGGAGGGAAUGUCGGUUGCGCUCGGUUGCUACAGCGGGCAAUGGCCAAAGCUACCGUCGCCGACAACGGACCCUCCUUGACCCUUCGCGGAGUCCAAGUCGUCCAAGUCGGGUUGAGGGAGACCAUGUCGGGGGCGCUAGUGGUCUCCCGCACAAGCGCAACACGCUCGAUUAUAUCAAGCUGGACUUCAUUCUGGCAUCAAAGCCGACGCGUCUCACCUAAUGGUGCUGCCUGCAAACGCACACCCCAUUGUUAGCCCGUCGGCACCCUCGACAGAGUGUUCUGCUGCAGUGGGUGCAAGUUCUGGUUUUUCUCCGAAAGAGGCCAAACUUCUUGGAGCAUCCCUUGCAAGUGGCUUCGGCAUCAGCAAACUCCAAGCUGUCUCGAUUCGUCCACAACGACGACGUUGACAUUAUGCUUGGCCGUUCCAUCAACGACACGUCACUGUCCCGGUGGCCGCUGCUUUCGCUGUCUGUACUGCUGGUGUAGCUGCGUUGUUUUUUAUGAAGGCGUGUUGCCUGCAAAAUGGUGA